AUGGCUGGCUGCAGCCUUGAGUAUGGAUGUCCAGCCCGGAUCUGCUCAGCGUUUGACACUUUGGACCUCAGGCAGGCCAGGGCUCCCCAGACCGGCCAUGAGGGGCCUGCUCCUCCAGCUGCACCAACAGGGGCCUGGGACGACCCGCUGCCACCUGGCCACCCCAACGGGAGGAUCCUGCUCAAGGAGACAGCCUCAACAGCGCUGCCCCAAAGGCCUUUGUCCAAAAGGCCACACCCCAGCCAGGAUGCUCUGUCUGCAGGAGUCCCGGCCGCCAGCCUGUUUUCUCGCCCCUUUCCAAAGAAAACCUGGCACAUCGUGAACAGCAGCCAGUUUGGUGUGUCAUUUCCUUCCUCUGCCGAGAGCAGGGCCCCGCCAGCUGGGCGCUCAGAUGCUGCACCGCAACACUCAGGGAGCCGAAGGCAGAGGCCUGAGCCACUGCCCCCCGGUGAUGAAGAGCAGGUGGCCCCCAGCCGGGGGUCAAGCGUGCUGCCAGCUGCCCUGUCACCGGGAAGCUGUAGUGGCUCUCAGCUGUGUUUCUACUGUUGUCCCUAUUUGAAGAGAGAGCGUCCUGAGCUCCUUGCGAACAUGAACAGAGGAGUGGGCAUCAGAGCGGCAUCUAAGCCAGUCUUGGACACGGAUUCCCAGCAAGGGGAGGGCAGGCCCGAAGUGCCGAGACCUCCUUCAGCACUGCAGGGGCCGAGCGCCAGGAGGCCUGCUCAUCUCUCACUGAGAACAAGCGAGUGGGACCAAGGGACCGGGAAAUGGCCAGAGCAAUGGCUGGAAGCAGCAGGUCAGGUGUGCUCUGCCAUCGACUCCAGCGAGGCCUGUGAGGCCGGACAGACAGCCCUGGAGGCAACGGCGGAGCCGUCGGCCCCGUCUCCUGGCCCGCCGCAGAGCACCCAGGCUCCCGGGACUGCCCUCCAGGCCAGCACCACUGAGCCUGCACAGCUCCUCUCGGCCUUCUUCCUAGGGCCUGCCUUUGACCCGAUG